AUGCCCUCAUCGGGCAAGAAGGUACACUUCGACAAGUCCGGAGAAAAGAGUAUGGGAGAUAUUCGAGCCGUCCAGAUCCGUGCCGGUAGUGGGCCGAGCCAAAAGACGUUCAGAGUGUCACUCGAACUAGUCUUCCGUUCAGAAUUCCUCCGUGGGAAAUGGAGUGCUUCCUACAGGAGCACCGAAAACACCAUUCUUGAUCUUCCACUAGGAGCUAGUGUUCAGGAUGCAGAACUCUACAUCGACUUCGUACAGCGCCGUAUGGCCAACCUGAGUUACAAGCUGGAAGACUCCUCAGAACCCGCCGUCGUCCGCUUCUAUCACGACUUGGCGCGAAUCUACAUCCUCUCACGCUCGAAUAGGAUCAAUGACAAAGAGACAAGGAACGAUGUGGUCUUUGCGAUUGGAGGGUUGACACGCCAGAAGUGCACGGAAGGUUAUUUGAGGAGUGCAGGGGGCAAGGAUGGAAUUCCAAGAAUCGUGGAGGCAGUGGACCCAUAUCUGGAGGACUGA